CCCAAUACCCUUUUCUUCUUUCUCUCUUGAUGCUCUGCCGCGUCCUCUCCUUCGUCCAGCUCUCACUGGAGAAUCGUUGAUAGGACUGCGUUAAUGCAGACGUAUAGAGUGCGGAUGUAAGAAGUAACUCAGAGAGAGAGAGAGAGAGAGAGAGAGAUUGGGCCCGCGGCUUUAGCUUUUACUUGCAGGGCUAACGUGAGGGUGGGGCUAUUGAGCCGGAGAUAGAAUUGGAGGGGUACAUGGUAGAUAAGAGGACGAAGAAUAAAGAGGAAGAGGGAAAUAAGACAGCGAGUGAGUGACAAAGAGCUGGUAGAGUGAAAGCGGGGAACAGGAAGAUAUUGUGAGAGAGAUACAAAGAGAAGGGGGGGUUUUAGAAAGAGAAAUGGUGGGCUCGGGAACUGGAGGUGAUAGUAGGAGCAAAGAAGCAGUUGGGAUGAUGGCUCUUCACGAGGCUCUCCGCAACGUUUGCCUCAACUCCGACUGGACUUACUCCGUCUUCUGGACCAUUCGCCCUCGCCCUAGGUGCAGAGGAGGCAACGGAUGCAAGGUUGGGGAUGACAAUGGAAGCUUGAUGUUGAUGUGGGAGGAUGGGUUCUGCCGCACAAGGAUGAGUGAAUGCCUGGAGGAGAUCGACGGCGAGGAUCCAGUCCGGAAAGCGUUCAGCAAGAUGUCCAUCCAACUGUAUAAUUAUGGAGAAGGGCUGAUGGGCAAAGUCGCUUCUGAUAAAUGUCACAAAUGGGUCUUCAAAGAACCUUCUGAAUGCGAACCCAACAUCUCCAACUACUGGCAGAGCUCCUUUGAUGCGCUUCCUCCCGAAUGGACUGAUCAGUUCGCAUCCGGUAUCCAGACUAUAGCGGUCAUCCAAGCCGGCCAUGGACUUCUCCAGCUUGGCUCUUGCAAGAUUAUACCAGAAGAUCUCCACUUUGUGCUGAGAAUGCGACACAUGUUUGAAUCACUUGGAUACCAAUCAGGCUUCUUCCUCUCCCAGCUCUUCUCCUCCACCAGAAACACCAAUCUUUCACCACCACCGCCUCCCCUCAAACAAGCUCCAUCCCGCCCACCUCCACCUCUUUUCAACUGGACUCACCCUCCAUUCUCAUCCGCCUCGCAGGCCUCUCAAACCUUCCACCCUUCCUCCAGAAUCCCUCCGGCGAUCAAUAAAGAUGACACCCACCUCUUCCUUCUCCCCCAUUCCGGCGACGACAUGAUUGCCGAUCACGAAGCUGAUCUCAAAUGGCCUAACGGCCUCUCCUUCUUCAAUGCACUCACCGGCCGCACCGACGAUGCCAAGCUCCUCUUCGGCUCCGACGGGCUCGGAAGCAAGCCGCUAGUCCACCACCAUCAACAACAAUUACAGCUUUUGAUGGCGGGAAAGAACGCGUGCGCAGAUGAAGGGAAGGCAGAGGAGAGUGGAAGUGGCGGUGGGGGAGCGGAGGAAUAUUUGAGCUUGGAACAGAGCCAUUCUGGUAAGGCGAGGAAGGCGGAGGGAGAUAAGUUUAAGAAGAGUUUUACCUUGCCGGCGAGGAUGAGUUCGUCGUCGUCGUCGGGCGGGACUCAGGGGAUGGAGUAUAGGAACUCCGAGGCAGGGAUAUAUUCUGAUAUUAUGGAGACUUUUUUAGAGUAACUGACUGAUAAUGCUGUGAAUUUCCUUUUUUUUUUUCUGGUUUGUUCAAGGGGUAGUUGUUUAAUGGUUGAUUAGUGUGAGCUUUGUUUGGUGAGGUUUUUAAUUCUAAUUACUGAUUGUUAAUGGUUGUUGUUAGCAA